CAACAUCCGCUGAUUGUCAGCAUUGUGAUCGCAGAAUACAUCGGGACCAAACGAAGCCGCGUUAUGAUGACUGUCUGCGUGCACAGCUGUAGCCCAGUCACAUUUUCUCCAUCCAGUUGAAUUCUCCGAGCAGAGCUGCGUGAAAACGAACCUUUGGCACAACAGCAGUCACACACAAUCUCCCUCUCAGAGCGUUCUCGCUGGCGCGUACUUUGCACCGAGACAUUCCUCCGAGGCUUCCCCUUUCUUUCAUCUGGAGACUGAAACUUAAAGGACUUUCCCGUCGCAGGGCAGAGAACAGGGGGACGCACGGAUAGAGUCAGUGCGGUAAAUGUAGCAGCGGGCUGUGUGUCUCACUGAGCGGUGCUGUUGGACUAGCCGAGAACGCACCGCGUCCGGUCCCACAUCCUCCUUUUUAAUUCCCCCCUCCCCGUCCCUCCAAGGGUGUCCCGAACACGACCACCAUGAUUCUGAACGGAUUUGCGCUCGUUCUUUACCUCUCAGGUGUUUUGCCAUCCUCAGCAUCCAUCUCUAACUUCCCUGCCCCCACCAUCGACUGUGUUGAAGCUCAUCGUGCGUGCUCCGUUGAACCCAUGUGCGAGGCAUUGUAUCGAGGCUUGGAGCUAUGCGCAGAAGAUGCAGCGGUGUCCCCGCAGGCAGAACUGUUGGCAUCUGAGUGUCUGGAGAAACGGGAUGCCCUGCUAGCCAAACACCCCUCUCUACUGACCUGCAAAUGUCAGCGUGGUUUCCGUAAGGAGGAGGUGUGCCUGCGCAUAUACUGGAGGGUUCGCCUGCUGCCAGGGGAGGAGGAGCUGGAAAUAUCUCCAUAUGACGACAUGCUUGUGGAUACACACAUGGCUUCGUUAGUUGCAGCCUCAUCUUUCAUGCAACUGGGUGGUGAGAACCAGUGCUUGAAGGCAGCACAAGACUGUGGCUUGUACGAAAAGUGUGGUAACCUACGAUCAGAAUAUGUGCUAGCCUGCACGAAGCCGACUCCUGGUACCAACAGAUGUAACCAACACAAAUGCCACCGAUCAUUACGUCGCUUUCUGGAGCGGGUGCCAGAAGAGUACAGCCUGGGUGUCCUGUUCUGCCGCUGCACUGAUACCUUGUGUGGUGAGAGGAGAAGGAAAACCAUUGUACCCUCCUGCUCCUACCACGACAAAGAAGGUCUGCAACCAAACUGCCUCCACCAGCAAAGCUUCUGUCGCCGAGACGACCUUUGCAGGUCCAGACUAGCUGAUUUCCUCAAUAACUGCCAGCCAUCUCAUCUGCCAGUCAGCGGCUGCCUGAAAGAUUCACCAGGCCUCUGUCUCCGAGCCUACGCUGGACUCAUAGGUACCAUCAUGACGCCCAACUACAUCAGUAACAGCUCUGCAGAUGUGUCGCUGUGGUGCAACUGUGAAGGCAGUGGCAACCAGUGGCAGGAAUGUCUGAAACUGCAGCGCAUCUUCACCCACAACAGCUGCCUGCGUAAUUCCAUCAGCUGGAUGGGGAGCCUCGGCUCGCUACCUGCAGACAUCACCCAACCUCCUGCGCCUAGACCCUCCCCGCUGGUUCAGAAGGAUGAACUGCUGAACAAUAACCACCUGCCUGAGCACAAUAACAUUGUGUUGGACAGUAAGGAAGAGGAGGAAUUGACACAAACAGAAGAUGAGCAGGAGGGUGCUGAUGGUGGCCAGUUUGAUGUCAUCCCGCUCUACUCAGAGAGGGCUACUGUGUCCAACCUGGGCUCUUCUGGGACUGGGGGGUCCACAUCUCUGACCACUGGCCCUGCUAAAGCCAUGCUACGCCUGCUUCUUCUCCUGUCAUUUUCCCUCAGCUGGCUGUAAUACAGAGGAUGGAAAGAAAUUACAUACACACAACUAUUUUAGAUUCAUUGCUGUAAAAUUAUAAUUCCAAAAUUGAAAAAAUGGACUUUGCCAUUUGUCUGUAGAAUCCUUCGAUCCCCAUGCUCUGCCCUCUAACCUAAACAUGGCUCUUUUUUCUUUUCGAAUGUGACUGAAGGUAAAAGGUCUGACGAGCACAGAAAUCCUAGUUGUGGUAGGGUGUUCAUAUACUGCAGUUACUUAACAAGUAUAAUAAAGCUGUUCAUAUCACCAGUCUAGAGAAAAAUUGAAAGUCGCUUGUUGUAGUCUCAGCAAAUACUUUCUGGCAGCGGUUUUGUGUCAUUUUGUACCACCCAAUUGUAAAGUUUAGACAAUAUUUUGAACUGGUAUAUAAAAGGCAUACAGAGUACAUACCAAAAUGCCUGAAACAAAGUUCUUAGCCCACAAUCACCACCCCACCCCCACGUCAUGAAAUGUAACAUUUAUGUCCAAAUUUUCCCAAGUGCUUUUUUAACAGAGCAAUGGAUUUUCAACAUAGCAUUCCCUUACUAGUUUUCUUUAGAAAGUAUAACCUAUUUCUUUUGCAUAUAAUAACAUAGUUACUACAGAAAAAAUCAAGUUAAUACUGAGGAUUAUCUGCAAAUUUAUAUGCUGUACUUUAGCAAGAGUUGUCACUAGAGAAAUUAUGAUACCAAAACCAAAAAACAAUUCACUUUAGACUGUUGAUGCCCAUAAAACAUGAGAUGGAUAUGCAGAGUUAUGAGUCCUUGACAGUGUUGAUAACUGGACUGAAAAGUGUAAUCAAGAAAUUGAAAGAGAGCCACACUGUACAGAAUAAGCCUGUCAAUUAAGCAAAAGAUUUCAAAGACACUAGAAAGAAAACUAGUGAGAGAUGCGUCUAAAACUACUUAGCCAGGUCAUGAAUUGUAGUCUCAAAGUACCACUAGAACACUGCAGAAAAGUGGACUGCAAGGUUACAGGCCAAGAAAAACUUCACUUCUACAGAACAGACAGUUACAAGCAAGACUGACGUAUGCUAAAGAUCAUGCAUGCCGGAAUUGCGCCCUGAGAGACGCUGCAUAUGUUUGGGAAAAGAAGGGAGAGGCUUACAACCCAAAGAACAGUCUCUGCAAUGAAACACGGUGGUGGGAGUAUGAUGCUGUAGGAAUGCUUCAGUGCUUCUGGAUCUGGGGAAUUUUGUGAAGGUGGAAAUAAUUAUAAAGAAAGAAGGAUUUAUGAAGAUUCUGAAAGAAAACUUCAAGCAGUCAGCAGUAAAACUGGCCCUGUUACAUAUUCAUCUCAUUCUUUCAACAAAACAAAGAACCCAAACUGGCCUGUCCAAAGCCCUGAAUUGAAUCCCAUUAGGGUGGACCUAAGGUCCAUACCAGAAGAACAUCAAAUCUGGAGGACCCCAAGAGAUCUGCCAAAGGAGAAUGGGUUGGGAUUGCUCAUGAGAUGUUUGUGAGAUCAGUUCAAAACUACUACUAAGGAAUGAUUGCAGGCUGUUAUCCAGCAAAAAGGAUACAUAAUUGACUAUUAGCAUCAGAAGGGUCAAUAAUUUUGUCCCUGGUAAAAAACAAAGAAACCAAAAAAUGUUCAAAAGUGAUUUUGUAAAAUACUUUUGUUUCUGUGUCUAAAGUAAAAUAAUGUAAGCAUCCAAAAUAAAUGAGAAUGUUUUGAAAAGCUGUGUUAAAAAUUCCUUGCUUGAUUUAACAGUGCUUGGGAAAUACUUUUCACAGGGGGUCUAAUAAUUCUCCCCUUAUGUAAGAAAACUGUUAAAAAAUAAAUUAAAUAUGCUACACAAAUAUUACUCAAAUAUUUACUUCUAAAUUACAGCAGGUCAUAAAUCAAUAAAUUUUAUUUUUAUCAUGAUAACAUAACAUCAUCACCCUACAAUUUAAUUUACCACACUUUUUUCCCUUUUAGUCGAGGUUUUUAUUGCUAUUGCAGCUUAUUUGUUUGCCUUUAAGCAGGCAAAUUCUGCAAAGACAAAUUUAAUAAAAUGCCCCAGAUGUGCUUAAUUGAUCAUUGAUCAUCUGAACAUUACUGUAAGUUUAUGCUGUCCUAGUAAUCUGCAGCUGUCCUCCACCUUUUGCCACUGACCGUCAUGAGCAGCAGUUAGUGCUGUUGCAUCACAACAAGAAGGUCCUGGGUUUGAAUCCAAACUCUGUGUAACAUUUGCACGUUAUACCCUUUUUUGUUGUUGUCACUUGUUUUGUUUUUUAACUUUAUGAAUAAUGAUUGGUGUCACUGGCUGCGACUUACUUGUCUAAGGGUCAUCCUGACAAUGACUGAAGGGAAAAGAGGUCUUGAUGUACAACUCACAAGUCAAACUUUAUCACAGUGAUGAAUGGAGCCUUCCCAGUCGCUCUGCCGCUGUCUCUGCUUUCCAGCCAUAGUGAAUGAUAAAUUACACGCUUGUCUCUCAGUUUAAGUGCCAAGUAUGUGAUGUGUGUGUUUGUGCAUACAAGUGCAGGGAUCAAGCAGAGACUGCAAAGAAAAUUGUCAAAAAUUGUCAUUAUAAUUUGACAAUUGCACUGUAACGUUGCCACCCUCAUUAGCACAGCCCUGGAUGCUUGGACAGACAUCCACAGCCCCCCAUUUGCACACAUGCUGCCUGCCAUAUAUGAAGACCAUGCAGCUCUCUCUUGCUUUAUUGCUCCAUCCCCGUCCCUUUGCCCUGCCACAGGCAGUAAUAUGAAUUAAGCAGUCAUAAUAAAAACAACACACCAGAAACAAUAUGAUCUCUAAAACAGCAGAACAAAUCAAAAAGCUCCCUGGCAGGUUCAUGAACACGGACAAAAAUGAAGAGAGUGGGAAGGAGAGAAAUGUAUGUUAGAGAAAUAAGGCCGAGUCCCCGUGUGGUCUUUGUGUUUGAUGUUUGACUUGUUUUUAGCUGCUGAUGAUCAGUUUGCAACAACAUCUUUUUAACAUCUGACAGACUCCUGGGGAGAAGCUGUGUGUGUGUGUGUGUGUGUGUGUGUGUCCUAUCACUGCUACCAGGCAGUGAUAGCUAAAUCACUGGCCCUGGAGCACAAACAUGGCAGAGAAUUGCCAGCUCUCGAUUUUCUGUGUCUUAUAAAUCUCUUGCUUACACGACUUUUUUCCCCUCUCAUUUCCCAUUUUUGUGGAACAUGUAAAAUUAGCUUCCAUCUGUGGGGGCGCCACUGAUGGGGCAGAGCUAAGAAAGGAGACAGAGGAAGGAGAGAGGGAAAGAUGGUUGGGAAGAUGGAGACAAGAGGAGAGAAAGAAAAGAGAAGGAAGAAGUAAUGAAAGAAACAGUAAGUUUGAAGAAAAGAAAAAACAAAAAAGAACAGAAGUCAGAGAACUAAAGGCGAUAAAAAGAAAACAAGAGGAGUGGAUGGAAGAGGGAAAAAAGAGAUAAAGACAGUCUAAAGGAAGGAAGGAAAAGAGGAAGAGGGAAGGAUUAAAAGCAGAAAAGAACACUAAAAGAGAAUCACAGAGAAGGAAGAGCAAAGAAUAAAGUCCAUGAAAGAUGCAAGAUGAAAUUGAAAAGAGAGAUGUGGAAUCAGGAAGAGGGGAAGGAGAAAGAGAGGGAAAGGAAAAAAGUCAAGUAGGAAAAAAAGCCAAAAGUAGGAAGAUAAAAAUCAGAAGGAUAACCUAGGAGAAUAAAGGAAAAAUGAGGACAGACAAAAAAAACAAGACGCAACAGGAAAUGAAGGGAAAGAGAAAAAAGAAAAGAGCAACUGGAAUAAAGCGGGAAAAGAAUAAGACAGGAAUCAAGAAUUAUAUAUAAUGAAGUAAACAGGAAAAGGGUAAUGCAAGAGCAGAAAACAAGAGCUUUUCUUGUUUUCUUCUUCUGCAGAAUGUUAAAGGAAACAUAGAGAAGAGGAGGAGGAAGAGGUUUGUUUUGUAAAGUCGCCAAGGAAACAGACUACAAAGAGAAUGAAUGGUUUAGGGCAGACAUAGUGAGAGGUGACAGGUCUGCGGGGUACUGUAACCUCUCUGUUUCCUGAGGCGCUGCUGUUAGAUGCAACUGCGAGGAAACACACUCAUACACAUGUCUUAGACAAAGCAUGUGUCACUCAGUGAAAUAUGAUAAGAGACUGAGUAAAGCUCUUAUCUUUAAAUACUGAGGAGGUCUGCACAGCAACUACUGAUGUUCUGUGAGGAAGUAAUAAAAACAGCAGUACAGGAGAGUAUACCAUACACAUAUACAAGCUUGACAAAGACAAUGUGCCACUCAUUUUGGACUCACAUUUUUGAAGCCUUAUUCUUAAUGAUGUUGGGUUCACAUUUUCAGACCUGCAGUUUGGUGGAUACUGAUAGUAAUAAAACAUUUA